AUGGAUCGAGAUAGAAGUAAAGAUGCCUCCGAAGGUAUUGCACCUAUGGGAAUCCAAGCAUUAAACGAUACAGUACUGAGUAAUCAGCCGGAGUCUCGUUAUGAAUGUCCCGUAUGCCUCAACUGGCUGCGAGACCCCGUCAUCACAACUUGCGGACAUAAGUUCUGUAAGAGCUGUAUCACUUCAUGGUUGCAGAACAGUGGCCACUGCCCCAUAGAUAACAUAAACCUGAGUAUGAAGGUGGAUAUAUUCCCGGACAACUACACUAAAAGGGAGAUACAAGAACAGAGAAUGAACUGCCCAUUUUCUACUAAAGGUUGCACAGUAAAAGUAACUCCACUAGACUUAGAUGCUCACAUAGCAUCAUGCGAGUACAAUCGACCAGAGACUUCAACACAGCCGGAGAUCAGAGUGCCAUGUUCUUUCCAAGCUGUCGGCUGCAAGGAGACAUUUGAUAGCCAGGAGGAUAUGAACCACCAUGCGGAGACUGAUGUGCAGAAACAUAUGAGUCUCCUAAUGAAUGCGUAUUCAGAAAUGAAGAUUAAUAACGACAUGUCGAACGCUAGUAUUGACGCUAAGGAACAGGAGGCCAUGACGCUUUGGGAAGCUCCGGACAAAGACGGUAACCAAGCUGCGGCUCCACCGCUAAAUAAUACUAGCGCACUUAUAAGGGCACUAUAUGAGAGAGUAGUAGUACUGGAACAAAGGAAUCGUGAGCAAGAUAUAGUGAUAGCAAACAUGUCCAAGCAAUUAUCAGCCUUCGCAGUAGCCAAGAUGAAGCAAAAUAACGACAUGUUCCUUCGAUACUGUAUGGGGAACUAUGUGUGGAGGAUUGACAACUUUAAGGCACGGCUCGAUGCUAUGUUGAGGGAUCAUUAUAAAAUGCUGUACAGUCCCGGGUUCUAUACCUCGCCUAAUGGUUACAGGUUCUGCGUACGCCUAAACAUAUCACCGCAAAACCCUCAUUGCUUCGCACUCCACGUCCAUUUAAUGAAGACAGAAAACGACGACUGUCUGGACUGGCCGUUCAAUGGACGCAUUUCCUUCGCAAUGAUCAACCAGUACAACCCUGAACUGACUCAGAAGGACACCAUGAUGUCCAACUCCUCACUGAUAGCUUUUAGAAAGCCUACAGCAGAGAUCUGUGUUAGAGGGUUCGGGUACACAGAAUAUGCUGUGGUCAGUGACGUGAUAAGGAACGGAUUUGUCAAAGAUGAUGUGCUCAUAUUCAGAGUUGGUAUCCGCUGUGUAUGA